CGCAUGUUGGCGUUCGCGUCCUGUCUCCUGGCUCGUCGUUGCAUCGGACUCCUGCUUCACCACAUCAAACAGUCCCCGGCCUUGUCUCGGGUCUUUCCUAAGCCACUCCAAAGGGCACGCGCCGACCACCAAGGACCUGAGAGCAAAGAUGGAAGAGGAACACGAAAGCUCAAGCCAUUCGCGGUCGAGCUCGGCCGCCUCGGGAUCAUCGCUUCGGGCAAACUACAUCUCUCUCCAGGCCGCCCACCAGUCGCUUUUGGCACGCAUACAAUCCGAGGAGGACGAUGAUCGAGAGGAGGAGCUCGUCAGACUUCGACAACGUGUGACCAAACUGCAAGAUGAGCUGGCAAAGUCGAGAACAGAGAAGGAGGAGUUGUCGGGGACGGUCAGGGAUCUCAGGUCGCGCGUUGAAGAGGGCCGGAGAGCUAUCAUGAGAUUGCAAGGUGCAGGCAGCGGAGGCGCUUCGGGUAGCAGCGCCACCGGGAGCUCCCAUGGUCCAUCUGCCAACGUCUCCAUCGGCGGCGCUAGCGGCAAUCGGAGGAGCAUGGGUCCCUCGGCUUUCUCAUCCUGGAAUCCGCGAGAGGUCUUCAAUGGCACCUCAUCGUCGCCUGAAGACGAUGCGACAUUGCAAGCCGAUGAGAGCAAAAAGUCAAAAAGGGCAUCGCUUGCCUUUGGACCCAGUGCAGGGAGUAGAAUCGUGCACCGACGGACAGCCAGCGGCGGACGAGGGACUGCGAUGAGCGAGGCGGAUGGGUCAGGGCUCGGUCUCAUGAGCCCUCCCACCACGACGCCAGGCGGUUUAAGAGAACUGCGGCUGUCCGGUCCCGCCGGUAAUGGAUCCUCGAUCAAAGCCUCUGGAGGCGACAGCAGCAAGCGUAGCUCGUUCAUUAGCGGCCUGUUUUCGCCCGCAUCGGAGACAUCGGAGCUCCCGUCGACGGAAGAGCCGACAAAUAGUGGGGCAGGCUCGCUCCUUUCUGCGGGUACUCGUGCAGUCCGGCGGACGAGCAAUUCGAGCAGCAUCAGCGCAAGUGCGCUCAGCAACGACGGCGGAGCCGCAGAAGCAGGUGGCUCUUCGCUCGGGCUUCCUGGGUUCGCCAAUCGCAACAGUGCAAGUCCGGCGCCCUCGAGUGUCCAUUCACCUAUUAUCGAAGAUGGCGAGGGCGAAGAAGUCGAGGUGAAGCACCGCGGAGCAAACGAAGGGGACGAGGAUCCUUUCACGGCAAAGGCCAACGUCAUAUCGCCGCCGACAUUUGCCACUAUGCAAGCUCAGCAGCAGAUCUCGUUCGCACAAAGAAAUCUUCAGGAGCAGACGGAGCGGCUCAAGGACCGAGAUCGACAGCUGGCCGAGCUUAGGGGAGAUCUGAGCAAGCUGCGCAUGGAGCUCGACGAGGCCAAAGAAGCAAGAGCGGCCAGCGAAAACUGUUUGAGGGCCCUCCGUGAAUUUGUCCGCGAUGAGGCAAGUAACGACCCUGGCGGAUCGAGCACGGCAGGUGGCGAGGGCGUCAACGAUGCAAUGGCUCUGCGGGGCGUCAAGCUCCCUCCGCUGCCGACAGACAAGGAUGAUGACGACGCGCGGGGCGAGCAGUCCUCGGACGGAACUCCGUUGACGCCACAGAACAAGCAGAACACGUUUGUAUCUACGAUGACGCCGACAGCGUCGACGUGGAAGAAUAUUGGGAGCACUUUCUCAGGUUUUACGACGCGUAAGCAGAGUGUGACGUCGCCACCUGCACCGCCAGUGGAACGACGUGAAAGUCAAGGGUCAAACAAUGAGGCGAGCACUGGCGCAGUCGGGCUCAGCCUAGGCUCACUAUGGUCACGCUCGGCAACAACGCCCGCAUCGGAGACCGGUCCAAACCUUGCAGGCGGUGGUGAACUGGAGAAGACAACGAGCGCCUCCUCGUCUGCCGCCUCCACUGCCGGUGUCAAGGGGCUUGGCGGCUGGUUUGGAAAGGCAGGAAAGUCUUCUUCUGUCGUCAGCCCUUCCUCCGAGGGACUCCCCCCUCCACCGAUGGCGGCUCCCAACGACGGCCGCCGGAUUUCAUCGCCGCCCUUUGCCAAUCUCGACAACAACGUCAUCACCCUCUUUUCGGCACCGGCAGGCGACGACGCCGCAGCUACUACCUCCCGGCCAGAAAGCGUAGGAAACAGCUCGAAUGGCAGCAGCAGCAAACGAGGGACCUUGCUCAGCCCGGGCGCCAGCGACAUGGAGCCCAAUGGCCGCGUGAAGAAGAUGAUGGAAAAGACAAAGGGCGUCGACGAGGACGAGGGCUUCGUCCCGCCCACCUUUUGAAAACUCGUUGUGAUUUGCCCCGACAUCGUGUGUUAUCUGUAUCGUUAGGAUUUAAAUUCGCCCAAUCACUAUAGACUCUCGCAAUUCCUGGAAUGCCUUCCAUCAUUGAACCAGUGCGGGUGAGCAAGCCGGAGUCCA